CCGGGGGAACUCAUCAUAAAGUCUCUGUUUCUCCUGUUGUCCACGUCCGAGGGCUGUGUGAAUCAGUUGUGGAAGCAGAUCUUGUGGAAGCUCUUGAAAAGUUUGGAACCAUAUGCUAUGUCAUGAUGAUGCCAUUUAAGCGCCAAGCUCUGGUGGAGUUUGAAAAUGUAGAAAGUGCAAAGAAAUGUGUAACGUUUGCUGCAGAUGAACCUGUAUACAUUGCUGGACAGCAAGCCUUUUUCAACUACUCAACAAGUAAGAGGAUUACUCGGCCAGGGAACACUGAUGACCCAUCUGGUGGAAAUAAAGUUCUCCUCUUGUCAAUUCAGAAUCCUCUCUACCCAAUUACAGUGGAUGUCUUGUAUACUGUGUGCAACCCUGUGGGAAAAGUUCAGCGCAUUGUUAUAUUCAAGAGAAAUGGAAUACAAGCAAUGGUUGAGUUUGAAUCGGUGUUUUGUGCCCAGAAGGCAAAGGCUGCACUCAAUGGAGCAGAUAUCUAUGCAGGAUGCUGCACACUAAAAAUUGAAUAUGCAAGGCCAACUCGACUUAAUGUCAUUAGAAACGACAACGAUAGUUGGGACUACACUAAACCGUAUCUGGGCCGACGAGACAGAGGGAAGGGCCGCCAGAGGCAAGCUAUUUUGGGAGAGCACCCAUCAUCGUUUAGACAUGAUGGUUAUGGGUCACACGGUCCUUUGUUGCCCUUGCCGAGCCGGUACCGAAUGGGAUCUCGGGACACUCCAGAACUUGUUGCUUAUCCGUUGCCCCAGGCAUCCUCCUCUUACAUGCAUGGUGGAAAUCCCUCUGGGUCAGUUGUCAUGGUUAGUGGGUUGCAUCAGCUAAAGAUGAACUGUUCGAGGGUCUUCAACCUGUUCUGCUUGUAUGGAAACAUUGAGAAGGUGAAAUUUAUGAAGACUAUUCCAGGCACGGCACUGGUUGAAAUGGGUGAUGAGUAUGCUGUGGAAAGAGCUGUCACACAUCUCAACAAUGUCAAGCUAUUUGGAAAGAGACUUAAUGUCUGUGUUUCCAAGCAGCAUUCAGUAGUUCCAAGCCAGAUAUUUGAACUGGAGGAUGGCACGAGUAGUUACAAGGAUUUUGCAAUGAGUAAGAAUAAUCGCUUCACCAGUGCUGGCCAAGCAUCAAAGAACAUCAUCCAACCACCCUCUUGUGUGCUGCAUUACUACAACGUUCCCCUGUGUGUCACUGAAGAAACAUUUGUAAAGUUAUGUGAGGAUCAUGAAGUUCUCAGCUUUAUUAAAUACAAAGUGUUUGAUCCAAAACCUUCUGCCAAAACACUGUCUGGUCUGUUGGAAUGGGAAUGUAAGACAGAUGCAGUGGAAGCUCUCACUGUACUUAAUCACUACCAGAUAAGAGUCCCAAAUGGCUCCAACCCCUAUACCUUGAAGCUUUGCUUCUCUACUUCAUCCCAUUUGUAGAGAAGAGGACAGCAUGUUAAGAGCUACGUUCACCUUGAUUUGCAAGUUUAAAACUAGACUUCGUUCACAAAGCUCUAAAGUGGUUGUUCUAAUGUUGCCUUGUUUCAACUUAAUUCUAAUAUCUUUUAUCUUGUUUUAUAAUAAAUGGAUGUUCCUUCAUAAAUACAAACCAGGUUUUUUCUUUUUGCCUCUGAGAAGUACAUGUUGUAAGCUUACUACAAAGUUUGUAUUUUGUUAGUGUAGUAUCUACGAAUGUUGGAAGAAGCACCAGUAGUAAAAACAAGAUCAUUUUCUUUCAAAAAUGAAAUAUAUUUGCAUUUUCGAUAAUGUUAAAGAUUAGCAAGUAUUUUUCCAUUUGUAGUGUUAAUUGGCAGAUAGUUCUCUAUUACAUCAGAAUUUUAAAUGUAGAACUUGUUUUUUUCAGUAUGUUAAGUAGUGAAGUAUGUUGCAAUACUAAGCUUGUAUUUAUAAAAUGCUUUAAUCAAGUUAAUGUUGCACAUACCAGAGUUUUAGUACUAUAGAUUUGAUUUAUAGUUCAAACAAAGCUAACGUAGAAACUUGUUAAGUAUGCUCAUGUGUAUGGUGUGAAUUCAUACUUAUUUAAAGUGGUUUUGGUUUUUUUAACAACUACUUUCCAUUUGCAUUAGCAUGAUGCCAUCUAUAGCUAGUCCCACCGUAGGGGCCUUUUAAAAAUUAAAAUUGCAAGCCUGUAUCAAUGUGUUCAUCCUCAUUUUCCAUAAUUUAAACUUAAAUCUUUGUUGUUUAGCAUAUCCUCUUGAUUUAUUUUUUUUUUUAAUAGUGGUUAUGACAUACUAAAUGGUGAAAGUUGGAUAUGCAAGAAGAUUGAUCACAAUAGAAACCAAGGUGGUACAAACAGUUAAAACAAAAAGCAAGCCUCACCAUAUUCUCUCAUACCCGGACAGUUAAGGCAAUGUUUUCUUUUGUCUGAUUUAUCUUAUACUUAUGUUAUGACCAUGAAAGGAUUCAUGGGGUGAACAGAUUUGGCUAGUCUCUCACUUAACCGGAGGUAAUCCAGGUGGGAUUCAGAUAAUGUUACUAAUUACAUGAUGUGAAAUUAAUGAGGCAAGAAAUCUUUCACUUUGGUGAAGGUGAUUUGUUUUGUCCCAGUACUUUGUAACCUCUGUUCUCUCUUCUAGAACUGGAGUUGUGUCUUACUUGGGUUAAACCCUCAGGAAUGGGAAUCCAAGUGGGGAAGUCUGGGAGCUCUUGUCCUGGGCUCGGUGCUUGUUCCUCAUUCUGCAUUUGCAGCUUCUUUUAGUUCUGCUCUUAGUGACCAGAGAUAAUUUAUUUUAAUCAGAUAUUUUAUGGUUUUGUCAUACAAGUUCUUUGUUCUGUCUUUACAGAUUUUAUCCAUGUCCAUCCUUUCUGCAGGAUUGAUUGUGCAGUAUUCUUGUCCUAGAGAGAUUCAGUUGCUGUAUGUUUACAGACUGGGGGCAUUGCACAUGCCUUUAAAUACAAACUGGAUUUUCCUCAUUAUUAAUUUCGAGGCAAAUGCACCUUAUCACAGAAGGGGAAAAGUGUCAGCUGUCCUUCAGGUUUUCUCAUCAACAAUGAUUAAUUUUUGCCCUGUCUACUUCCAUAUUGUAUUUUUUUUUCACGCUUCAGGUAAUGCGUGUUUCAGGUAUUCAAUUUGGGCUGCUUACCUGUCUCAACUGGGAACUGAAGGACAGCAGCUCAUUGGCAGCCCUUUCUGUACAGGAUUUGGAGUAAUAUUACCCUCUGGUCUGGCUGGUGGCAAACUGAGUUGCAUUUUCAGGGCACUGCUAAUACUCCUUCAGCCCCAGUGCUUUUCCCCCAGAAGUUGCUUCUGUAGAACUCCAGCAUAGGAGGCUAUGUGCUGUAUCUCGCUACUGGCCAGCAGAAAUGCUGGGUACUGCUGAAGUGUCCUGUGCUGCCUGUUGUUUUAACUGUAAAAGGUCUCUCCCAGACUUUCAUUUCUCUUCCAUCACCUUAAAUGUUCUGUGGAAACUUAUUUCUUUUGCCAUAGCUUGCAUUGCUAUUUGUAUUAAUGUAGUUUCAGAAGUCAAGUUUGUAGUUGAGCAUUAAAAAUAGUGUGUUACCUGUUGAUCCAGUUUGGGAUAUAGGAUGAGUGACCCUUAAAGCAUUCAGGUUUCACAAAAAAAGAAGAAAAAAAAAAAAAAAAAGCAAGCACUUUAAUGUUUCAGUGUCCUCUGUGGGUCACAGCAUUCAGUGCCUAAGAUGCUCAGGUGAAAGGCAUCUUUCCUGUGGCUGCCCAGAUCAGAGGACAGACUCAUUCCAGGUUUAUCUGAAAGGACUUGAUACCAGCUGGAAGUCCUAAAUGCAAAAUGAGUAGCUUGUGCCACAUGGGGAAGAAAAGAGACGAGACUGAAAAAUUGAUCAAAUUUCUUUCUCCAUAAAAUAAUCAUCUUAUCCAUGUAAAAGUUGAGAACAGGAAAGAUUCCUUGUUGAUGUUUUGCUGAAAAAAAAUAAAAAAGAAAAAAGGUCUUGGGCCUCCAAGGAUGGAUGCUUCCCCUCAGGGGGAAUGAAAUUGAUCUCCUCCUUCCACAAGUGAGGUCUGUGUUCACCUAUAAUCUUGCUCUUUAGAACAGAGCAAAACCAGGGCAGGGCCAGGUGAAGAGUUUGUUUCUCCAAGGGGUUUCUCCAAGUGAAGUUUGUCUAUAAUUUGACAGUGGUAUUACUAUACUUGUUACAUGAAAAUUAAAUCAUUACAAUCUCUCAGUGCAUUUUUUUUCUGUCUCUUGCAUAAGCCAUACAAACAAAAUAGUGAACAUUGCUAUGCACUUUCCCGGCUUGUAAGCAGCUGGCAUUCACACUGUAAUAUCGUUGUCUCUAUUCCACUGUUUGGGGGGUUUUUUGGUUGGUUUUUUUGUUUGUUUUGGUUUGGUUUUUUGGGUUUUGUUUAAAAAAAAAAUUAUUUUUUCUAAUUUAUCACUUUCCAGUGGAGGUGAAUGAGAUAUUGAGGUGGAUACGUGUUCAUCUUCUCUCAUGAUAUUCUAAUCCUGGUUUAUAUUUAUUUUUCCUUAUAUGCAGGAAGUGAGAAUAGUUGCUUUUUGACUUCCUAUACCACCACAGCAAGAUAGAGUAUAUUGCUAGGGUGAUAUAAGAAAAGAUUUAAAGAAACCAUUCAGGAAGUGUUUGGGUGUCCUGGUUUAUGAAAGGAAUGAUACAACUUAAUGUGGUGUCGCUAAGUCUGCCUUCUAGUAAGGGGUAAUGUUUGGGGUGAGCUGGUGUGUGACUGGCUGAAACCCUCUUUGUUGUAAUUAAAUGCAACUUGCUCCUUU